GGGAGAUGGACCGCGUACAAGCGACAGGCAAGAUCAGGAAAAGAAAGGCAGAAACUCAAGACAAUGAGCGCCUAUCGAAGAGAUUGGCUCUUCUGAACCUAGCAGAACGCAAUGGAGAGAAGCUCUACGUUCCAGUCGAAGAGCCUCAAGCUCAGCUGUCACCACCCAUAUCUACGAAACCAAAGUCUCCAGCACAAGCACCAAUACAGCUCGAAGAUGAUAUUAUGCAAUUAGAUAAUACGAAGCACAAAGUCUACAUUUACGAUCUGGACGCCGAAUUAUCAGACAGCGAAUCCUCGGACGAUGGCAAGCUCGUCUUCCUCCCAGAUAUCGAGAAGCACCUUCGAGAAUCACGAAUACCACCGUCGGUCCUAGCCAAUAGCGAAGGCGAGUUAGCAGGAAUGAACAAUCAGCUGGUUCUGUACAACAUCCCCAGCUCUCUGACGAUUCCCGAGGAGCAGGAUAGUGUUCGGAAAGCGAUUAUUGAAACAAGAGCUCGAGCACGGGCAAAGCACGACCAGAAACGGAACGAAGAUACCCGGCAAGCU